GUAUGUGAAGCAAGUGAAAGUCCCGGUUGUUGUUGUGUUUUGAGCGGAGGAAGGAAGGCUCCCUGACGUUCGUAUUUCUAUCUGCUCGGAGGAGAAUUCGCCGUCAAGAUGAGUGAGACGAGUGCUGUGGUGGAGAAAUCUCUGCGCUCCGUGUUUGUUGGAAACAUUCCAUAUGAAGCUACAGAGGAGAAACUUCGUGAUAUAUUUAGCCAGGUUGGCCCAGUUUUAUCUUUUAAGCUUAUGUAUGACCGUGAAUCUGGCAAACCAAAAGGUUAUGGCUUCUGUGAAUAUAAAGAUCAAGAGACAGCACUGUCAGCCAUGCGUAACUUGAACAGCUAUGAGAUCGGAGGCAGACCACUCAGAGUCGAUAAUGCUUGUACAGAGAAGUCAAGAAUGGAGAUGCAGAGUUUGAUGAUGGGUCCUGUUGUGGAGUCCCCUUAUGGCCCGGAGGUGGAGCCAGGGAAAGCUCCAGAGGCCAUCAGCAAUGCAGUUGCCUCCCUUCCCCCAGAACAGAUGUAUGAACUUAUGCGGCAAAUGAAGCUGUGUGUCCGCAACAACCCCACUGAGGCUCGCACAAUGCUCAUGAAUAAUCCUCAACUUGCUUAUGCAUUGCUGCAGGCUCAGGUUGUAAUGAGAAUCCUUGACCCCAAGACAGCUGUGCAGAUUCUCCACGGGGGACGAGAAGCAGUUGAGCCCUUGAUGCCAGCUGGAAUUUAGCCGUGAUCAGCGAAAUGAAUUUGACCAGCGUGACCAGAGGAAUGACCAGCGCGAUCAAAGGUUCAGGGAGCCGCCACCAAGCCGUGAACCUCGUGAGACUUUCAGUCGUGGAGAUCCUAGAGACAACAGGGAAAGGGACCGUGACUCCAGGGGAUAUUACCGGAGCAACACAAGUUCGGACACCAGGGAUCCUCGUUCUUCUCGUUCUGGGUUCCAACAAGACAAAGACUUUAGAAGUGGCGGUAAUCCUCCACCUCCAGUUGGUGCCCCGUCCCAGCCGCCUCCUCGUGGAGUGCCGCCACCAACAGGAGCGCCACCCACACUGCCACCCAGCUUGGCCGGGCAGGACCAAGAGAAGGCUAGCUUGAUCAUGCAAGUAUUGCAGCUGUCAGAUGAUCAGAUCAAGAUGCUGCCCCCAGAACAGCGUGCCUCUAUUCUGCAACUGAAGGAACAGAUACAGCGUUCACAGCACUAAAGGUUGUCACCACUCAUUUGCAGCCCAGCUCAGGAUUUGAAUGCGUGGUUACUAUAUUUAAUUCUGAGACAUCUUGUAACUUUGACAUUUAUUCAGUGGUGUAUAUAUGUUUCAAAUUAGCCUUGUAUGAAAUUUUGAACAUGGGGUUUGAUGGUAAUAAAAUCAGCAAGUCAGCUUUCUUUUCAAAAUAGCUUUGAUGCUAUUUACAGCAAAUAGGUAGUUUUGUUGAUAUGCAAAUGACAUUUCAUUUUCAUAAACCAGUAAAUUUGAUGACUGAUUGUAUUUUAAUGGUCCUUGAUUAAUUCAGCUCAUCGGCUGUAAGCUCUCAUUAUUUUAUUAUUACAUUUUAAUUAGAAAAAGAUGUUUCAGUAAUAUUACAUCUUUUAUUAUAUGGCAAAAGAAAAAAAGGAGUAUAGAUAUUAUUUAUUUGUUUUUAAUAUUUACAGUCUACACACAACCCCAUUCAUGAAUUUGUUUUACGCCCCAGAAGAAGUUAGAGAAUAGACCUAUUUCUUUCUCAAAUCUGGUACAAAAGUUAUGUUAUUUUCAUAAUCACAAUAUUCUAGACUAAUCAUUAUUGUUGAAAAAUAAAAUUACAGGUUCUGUAAAUUACCAACUAUUUGUAUUAAAUGAAAUAAAAAAUUGGAGAAGAAA